AUGCCAGUUCCGGGCGAGACGAACGGCUCGCUGGACGAGCCGGCGUACAGCCUGCUGGAACUGGUGUAUGGCGCGAACCUGUCCGUGCUCGAGCUGGAGAUCGUGCGCAACGACAGCGUGGUGGACAUCGUGCGCGAGGCGGCGGUUAACGUCUCGCUGUCCUUCGUGGACGACGCCGGCAACGCGAGCGGGUCCCCGUUUCCGGACGAGUCGACGCAGGGGCAGCACGUGGCGCUCGGCGUACUGCUGGGCUUCUUCUGCUUCGUGACCAUCUUCGGCAAUGUGCUGGUCAUGCUGUCCGUGGCGAAAGAGCAGUACCUGCACACGGUGACCAACUACUUCAUCGCGUCGCUGGCGACGGCGGACUGCCUGGUGGGCGCCGUGGUCAUGCCUUUCUCGGCCAUCCACGAGAUCAUGGACAAGUACUGGAUAUUCGGCCAGGAUCUGUGCGACGUGUGGCACUCGAUCGACGUGCUCGCCAGUACGGCGUCCAUCCUCAACCUCUGCGUCAUAUCGCUGGAUCGCUAUUGGGCUAUCACUGAUCCCAUCAGCUACCCGUGCCGUAUGACGCAGGCCAAGGCGACCACCCUGAUCGCCGUCGUCUGGGUCUGCUCCGCGCUCAUCUCCUUCCCGGCCAUCGCGUGGUGGCGCGCCGUCAACAAGGGUCCGCCGGCCGCCUUCCAGUGCGCCUUCACCGACGAUGUGGGCUACCUGGUCUUCUCGUCCACCAUCUCCUUCUACGCCCCGCUCAUGGUCAUGGUGUUCACCUACUACCGCAUCUACCGAGCCGCCGUCGAACAGACGCGGAACCUCAAGCUCGGCUCAAAGCAAGUACAGUCCUGCAACGGCGACGAGACCACUUCGGUCACGCUGCGAAUCCACCGCGGGGGAAUGCUGCAGGCAGCGAACAACUACAAGACAGUCUUUUCGACCUCGAACGAGUCCUUCGACCGGAACAACCUUACGGGGGUGUCCAGGAACCUCAAAAAUUUUUCGCUCAGCCGAAAGCUCGCCAAGCUCGCCAAGGAACGCAAGGCCGCCAAGACGCUCGCCAUCGUCAUGGGCGUGUUCAUCCUGUGCUGGCUGCCCUUCUUCGUCACCAAUAUCCUCAUGGGCAUCUGCGGCGAGAACUGCGUCAUGCAGCCGGACCUCGUAUUCUCCACAGUGACCUGGCUCGGCUGGAUCAACUCCGGCAUGAACCCCAUCAUCUACGCCUGCUGGAGCAGGGACUUCCGACGAGCUUUCGCCAACGUGCUCUGCUGCUGCUGCCCGGGCUACUUCCGCCGACGACAGCGGCGAAGAGACCGCCUCCGACGCAUCAUCAAGGAAGACGCGAGCAUGCGGUCGCAGAGCCUAGAGGAGGCCGUCCUAUAG